AUGUCCGAUUGUAAAAGCCUUACCCCCAUACUUUACUGCCCUCUUAUUACCUUUCUCGCGGCUCCCAUCCUUGCAGAGAAGAUGAAUCCAGUUCCAAGGCGUUGUGACUCUCCCAUCAAGUUUGCUGGAGAUUUUCCAAAAGAGUGGAUCAACUAUUUUGCUGACGAAAUUAUGAUUAUGUGUAACCAGUCGACCAAACCUGAAUACAAUUGCUACUUGCAAGCAGAGGCGGAUGAAUACUUGAAGAGAAUAGGAAAAGGUUUCGGUAUCCAGUAUAAUAUGAAAACUCUCGUAACCAAGAAAUGGUCGCCUCGGGAAGGACAGCAAAUAGCAAAGAAAGCUAUUAACCAUUGGGGCAAAGGGAUCUGCAAUGUAAGUUUUGGUGGUAUGGAAAAUAUGAAAAGUAGAGCUUUUUAG